AUGGCUACACAAAGGCCCUUUCUCCUAUUCAUUUCACUUCAUUUGGCACUACUUAAUUCUUGCACUAAUUGCCUUAGUACUUCUUCAAAAUCAACAGGCUUCAGCCUAAAGCUCAUUCGAACAAAUUUCCGACCACUAAUCGAAACAAAUAUCGCAGAAAAUAAAUCAACUUCUUACUUCCCUAAUACAAUUCACCCUCGAAUCACAUUCACGAAUUUCCUUUACAUCAUCGAAGCAAACAUCGGCACACCAAGCACAAAAAAGGCCUUCAUUUUCGACACGGGGAGCGAGCUCACGUGGACACAAUGCACACCAUGCAUCAAUUGUUUCAAUCAAAAUUCCCCCCUCUUCGAUCCCAAAAGAUCCACAUCUUACAAAAAACUCUCCCCAAACCACCCCUCCGCUCGAUUUUUCAAUCGAUCAAAUAACGGGGAUUCCAUCUUCUACUUACUCUACGGAACUGGAGAAUCUUCAUCGGGAAUCGUAUCAACGGAAACUUUCAGUUUCGCUUCGGACAAAAGAGGGGUCCGCGAGAGCAUAAAAGGGGUCAUGUUUGGAUGCGCGAAUAACCAACGUGGCAAAUUCAUGAGUUGGAUAACGGGUAUAAUGGGCAUGAGCAGAUCUCCACUCUCAUUGAUAGGACAAAUGGGGGCAAAAUCGUCACAAAAAUUCUCCUACUGCUUGCCACCUGUCACCUCCCCAAUCAAGACAACAUUCUUAAGAUUCGGCAAAAACGUUAAAACGGGAAGAGGCUUAAGAGAAUCUAGCUUCAUAAACAGCAUCGAUUAUAACUACAGGGUGAAUUUACUCGACAUAAGCAUAUCGGGGCGGCGUUUGAACCUGCCAAACGGGACCUUCGCGAGGGGAUGCAUGAUGGAUGUGGGGUCCAGCGGUAGCUACCUCGAGCCGCAUGCGUAUAGCGAAGUUGUGAGAGUGCUGAGUCAUCAUUUUGAUUGGUUUAAACUCAAGAGAGUGAACGUGCCAGAGGGCCGAUUGUGCUACCGUUUCGUGAGGGCGUUUAGGUAUUAUCCAAACAUGGUGUUUCAUUUCCAAGGAGGGGAUUUCGAGAUUGGGCCGGAGAAUUUGUUUCAUUUCACGAGCGAUCGGUUUUGUCUGACGAUGCUUAGGAAUGAUCGGAUGACCAUACUAGGUUCUUUCCAACAGCAAAACGUUAGGUUUGUGUACGAUAUUGGCAAUCAGAAGGUCUUGUUUGGUUUCGUUCUCCAGAAAACGAAAACCCCAAAGAGUUUGAAGGUUUCGUUCGCUGAUUUUGAAGGUUUCGUUUUCUGGAGAACAAAACGUUCAAACAAUUUGAAGGUUUCGAGAGUCGUGAUUAGACCUCACCGAGAGUCCGAGGUUGUGGCCGGUCGACUAGGCCGUCAUCCUAUGAUUGUAUCUGAGCAGCGUAGGAGAGUUAGUGAGAGACCACCCGAUGUACCUGAUGUACCCGAUAUAGUAGGGACGUUGAGAGAUGUGGCAGGGAUUUCGAGAGAUAUAGGGUGGCCUUCUCGGAUCCCCUACGAUGACGGACGAUGA